GUGGACAUCUUCCUUAGCCACCUCUCCCUGGCAGACCUGGGCUUCACUUCGGCCAUGGUGCCCAAGCUGCUGGCUGGCACGUUGACAGGGGAGCAGGGCAUCUCCUACAUCGGCUGCCUGACCCAGAUGUAUUUCUUCAUCGCCGACAGCUUCCUGCUGGCCGCAAUGGCGCUGGACCACUACGUGGCCAUCUGCCGCCCACUGCACUACCCCGCCGUGAUGAGCCCCGGGCGCUGCCUCCUGCUGGAGGCCACCUCCUGGCUGAGCUCCCACCUCUACUCCUUGCUGCACACCCUGCGCUCCUGCCUUCCCUUCUGCGCCUCCAACAGGAUCCCCCACUUCUUCUGCGACAUCUUCCCCCUGCUGAACCUCUCUUGCUCCGACACCUGGCUCAGUGCCCUGGUGUUGCACACCAAGGGGGCCCUGGUGGUCAACGUGGUGCUGGUUUUCAUCCUCCUCUCCUAUGAAGCCAUUGUGUCUGCCGUCCUCAAGGUCCCUUUGGCUGCCGGCCAGCGCAAGGCCUUCUUGACCAGUGGCUCCCACCUGGCUGUCAUAGCAGUCUUCUACGGCACUGUCAUCUGGGUCUACUUCCAGCCCUUGUCCAGCUUCUCUGCCGAAAAGGAUGCUCUGGCAGCUGUCAUAUACACUGUGGUCACCCCUAUGCUCAACCCCUUCAUCUACACCCUGAGGAAUGACGAGAUGAAGGGGGCUCUGAGAAAAGUCAUCAGUUGGAUAGUGGCCUCUCUGGGAAUGUAG